AUGCAGAGGGAGGUGGGGCCGCAGGUGGCCUCCCCGCUGUACCUGCACCAGAUCCAGCCGCUGCCUCCCCAUGCGGCGGCGGCGGCCAGGAAGCGCGGGAGCCCGUGGCCCGCCGUGGAGCCGCCGGAGAACGCCGCGAUGGGGGCCGGCGCCGCGGCCGGAGGGAACUGGAACCCCAGCAUGUGGGACUGGGACAGCCGCGCCUUCACCGCCAGGCCGUCCUCCGACGCGCUCCGCCUCGGCGGCGGGCUGAACCACCACCACCAUCACCACCACCAGCAACAGGCGCAGCCGCCGCCGGCGACGGCUGCCGAGGUGCAGCGGCAGGGGGGCGGGGGUGCCGGUGACCUGAGCCUUCAGCUGACCUUGCGGGAGGAGGCAUCGAUGGCGAUGGAUGUGAGCCCGACAACUACCUUGUCUUCUUCGCCUUCUCCGCCUGCACGGGCGUCACAGGAGCAGGCUGUUAGGCCUAGCAAGAGGGUUCGGUCUGGAUCGCCCGGAACUGCUUCUGGAGGAGGUGGCGGUGGCGGUGGCGGAGGGAGCGCUAGCGGAGGCGGCAGCUAUCCCAUGUGCCAGGUGGAUGAUUGCCGCGCGGAUCUGACCAGCGCCAAGGAUUACCACCGGAGGCACAAGGUGUGUGAGAUCCACAGCAAGACAACCAAGGCGGUAGUUGGCAACCAGAUGCAGCGCUUCUGCCAGCAGUGUAGUAGAUUUCAUCCGCUCUCGGAGUUCGAUGAGGGUAAGAGGAGUUGCAGGCGAAGGCUUGCUGGACACAACCGACGGCGGAGGAAAACCCAGCCAACAGAUGUUGCUUCACAAUUGCUGCUUCCUGAAAACCAAGAAAAUGCAGCAAAUAGGACACAAGAUAUUGUCAAUCUGAUCACUGUUAUUGCACGCUUGCAAGGUGGUAAUGUUGGUAAACUGCCCAGCAUCCCUCCGAUACCGGAUAAAGAUAAUCUGGUCCAAAUCAUAAGCAAAAUAAACUCAAUCAAUAAUGCAAACUCCCUGGCAAAGUCUCCUCCGUCAGAAGCCAUUGAUUUGAAUGCCUCGCAGGGGCAACAACAAGAUUCUUCUGUCCAAAAUGCAACAAAGGUGAUCGACAAGCAGACUGUGCCAUCAACCAUGGAUCUGCUGACAGUUCUAUCUGGUGCUCUUGGGACAUCAACCCCCGAGACCAAUACAUCCCAGUCCCAGGGGAGCAGUGAUAGCAGUGGUAAUAACAAGAGCAAGAGUCAUUCAACAGAGCCAGCAUGUGUUGUAAAUUCCCAUGAGAAAUCUAUUCGACCUUUUCCCGCAGCUGGUAUGAUAAGGAGUAGCAGCACCCAUGGAAGUCCACCUGAAGUAUAUAAGCAGCCAGUCCGAGAUACCCAUCCGUACUUGUCGCUGCAAUUGUUUGGUAACAAUGAGGACAUUCCUGUGAAAAUGGACACUGCAAAUAAGUACUUGUCUUCCGAGAGCAGUAAUCCUAUGGACGAGAGGUCUCCUUCAUCCUCUCCACCUGUAACACACACAUUUUUCCCCACCCGUUCAGUAAAUGAAGGCAUUAGGCAUCCUCGUAUUGCUGACUAUGGAGAAUAUGGUGCAACAGUUGAGAACAGUACCACUCGGGCAUGGUGUGCGCCACCGCUUGAGCUUUUCAAGGAUUCAGAACGGCCAACGGAAAAUGGGUCACCACCAAACCCCACAUACCAGUCAUGUUAUGCUUCAACAUCUGGUUCAGACCAUUCUACAUCAACAUCAAAUUCAGAUGGACAGGACCGUACUGGAAAGAUUAUAUUCAAGCUCUUUGGCAAGGAACCUGGCUCAAUCCCUGGGAACCUUCGUGAUGAGGUUGUAAAUUGGCUGAAACACAGCCCCACUGAAAUGGAGGGUUACAUUCGCCCUGGUUGCCUUGUACUAUCCAUGUAUCUGUCAAUGCCAACUAUUGCAUGGGAUGAACUUGAAGAAAAUUUCCUCCAGCGAGUAAACUCGUUAGUUCAGGCUUCUGAUUUGGAUUUCUGGAGAAAAGGGAGGUUUUUAGUUCGAAGCGACAACCAGUUGGUGUCGUACAAAGAUGGAAUGACCCGCCUCUCAAAAUCAUGGAGAACAUGGAAUACCCCUGAGUUGACCCUUGUGACACCAAUUGCUGUUGUUGGUGGGAGAAAGACCUCCCUCGUUCUUAAGGGCCGUAAUCUAACAAUCCCGGGCACCCAGAUCCACUGCACCAGCGCCGGGAAGUAUAUAUCAAAAGAGGUACUAUGUUCAGCGUAUCCGGGUACUAUAUAUGAUGAUUCAGGAGUUGAGACCUUUGACUUACCGGGAGAACCAAGUCUUACUCUUGGGCGUUGCUUUAUUGAGGUUGAGAACAGGUUCAGAGGAAACAGCUUCCCUGUUAUUUUUGCGAAUAAAAGCAUCUGUCAGGAGUUAAGAAACCUUGAAGAUGAACUUGAAGACUCGCGGUUUCCGGAUGUCUCUCCAGAUGAUCAGGUCCAUGAUGCUAGGCGGCUAAAGCCAAGGGAUCAAGUUCUGCAUUUUCUUAAUGAACUUGGCUGGCUCUUUCAGAAGGCUGCUGCAUGCACACCUUCCAACAAAUCAGAUGUUUCUGAUUCAGAGUUGAUUCAGUUCUCUACUGCACGGUUCAGACACCUUCUGUUGUUUUCAAAUGAGCGGGACUGGUGCUCCCUCACUAAAACACUACUCGAAAUUCUUUCCAAGAGAAGUAUGGUUAGUGAGGAGCUAUCACAUGAGACUCUGGAGAUGCUCUCCGAGAUUCAUCUUCUGAACAGGGCAGUGAAAAGGAAGAGUAGCCACAUGGUGCAUUUGCUUGUGCAUUUUGUUGUAAUUUGCCUUGACAAUUCCAAACUGUACCCUUUCCUUCCAAAUUAUCCCGGCCCUGGUGGUUUGACUCCAUUACAUCUAGCUGCAUCCAUUGAUGAUGCAGAGGAUAUAGUUGAUGCGUUGACAGAUGAUCCUCAACAGAUUGGUUUGAGCUGCUGGCACUCCGUGCUAGACGAUGAAGGGCUAUCUCCUGAGCUGUAUGCUAAGUUCAGGAACAACGGCUCAUACAAUGAACUUGUCACACGAAAGCUUGUGGACAGGAAGAAUAGCCAGGUUACCAUUGUGCUCAACAAAGGUGAAAUUCAUAUGGAUCAACCAGGGAAUGUUGGUGUGAAUAAUGCAUCUGGGAUCCAAGCAUUGGAAGUAAGAUCCUGCAACCAGUGCGCCAUUUUGGAGUCUGGCUUGCUAAGACGCCCUAUGCGUUCUCGAGGAUUGCUGGCUCGCCCCUAUAUCCAUUCAAUGCUUGCCAUAGCAGCAGUGUGUGUCUGUGUCUGUGUAUUCAUGCGAGCUUUGCUGCGGUUUAAUUCUGGUAGGUCCUUCAAGUGGGAGAGGUUGGAUUUCGGUCCUACAUAG